AUGUCUAACCAUCCUCCAUAUGUGUCAGAACCCUUAGUGCCUUCACUAUCUGAACCUCAAACAGAAUCACUAUCUGAACCUCAAACAAAACCACCAUCUGAGCCUCCCACUGAAUCUUCAUCUGAACCCCCCACUGCACAAGCCUCUGACGCUCCCACUGAAACCACUCCCACCUCAUUAGAACCCAUUAAUCCAUCAUUUGCACCUGAACCAUCCUUCCCUACCCUGGAAGAGGCAGUUGCUUUAUUUUCUGAAUCGUCAGCUGUGAAGCUUAGAACAUUGUCUGAACAAUCCAGCCUAAGUGAUAAUCCCUCUAAAGUGAGGAAUCACUGGAAUGGAUUUCUCAGAUGGAUGACAUCUGAGAUCUUCAAGCUGAAAGGACUCUCUGAGCAAGUCAGAAAUGACUAUAUCAGAGAGGCUGAGGAGAGGCUAGAGGCACGUAUGGCCAGAGAAGCUGAAGAGGAAGUACGCCAGGAAGCUGAAGAAAAGGCAAGACUGGAAGCUGAAGUGCAGGAGAGAAAGGAAGAUGAAGCAAAAGUGAUUUUUGAGGCUACUGCUGCUGAAGCCAAAGCCAAAGCCAAGGCUGAUGCUGAAGAAGCAGCACGCAUUGCUGCAGAAGAAGCUGAUAAGGCAAAAGAAGUUGCUUUGACUCAAGGGGAGUCUUCUAACUCAGAUCUUGCUCCGCUGGUGCUCAAGACUCUGGAGGAACUCCAAAAGGAACAAAAGCUUGUGAGAGCCAGACUCGACCAACAAGACUCUGUCAACUCCAGUAUUCAGACCCUCCUGACUCAGUUGCUUCAGAUGAUGCUUCCUCCUCCAAACCCUUAG